GUCAGGUGGUUGAGUGGCCAAAGCCUGGCACUCUGGUGCCACUCACUGAGAUAUCCUGGCUUUUUAUAUUGCUGAUUUUGUGUAAUCUCAGUAUUCUGCUCCUGCGCCUCUGACGGUCUCAACAGGACACAGAUAUGCAAAAGCAUGUGGGAAAAUCCUCCUUCAUGAACAGAUAUGUGAAUCACCGCUUCACCAACAUGUACCGGGCCACUAUAGGGACUGACUUCCUUUCCAAAACAGUCAACAUAGAUGGGGACACGGUCAUCCUGCAGAUCUGGGACACAGCAGGCACAGAGAGGUUCCAGUCUCUGGGCACACCUCUGUACAGAGGAGCCCACUGCUGCAUGCUGGUGUUUGAUGUCACAUCCAGAGCUAGUUUCUCUGCCCUGGAGGGGUGGAGGAAGGAGUUUCUGAUCCAGGGUGAGCCUCAGGACCCAUCUGACUUCCCCUUCAUUGUACUGGGCAACAAGACUGACCUGAGCAACCGGGAGGUAUCUGGCAGGCAGGCCCUGCAGUGGUGCGAGGAGAUAGGAGCAGAAUACUGUGAAGGCAGCGCUAAAGAGGACCUGGAUGUGGAAGGGCCGUUCCUGAGAGCGGCUCGCAGCGGCUUACAGCAGUACAAAAAACACACAUUGGAAAAUACAGGACAUUUCCAGAUAACCUGCAAACAGCCGAGAGAAACUCGCAACACCUGUGAGUGCUGAGGGCAGCGCUCGUCCCAGUGUGGGAGGGAAAGUUCAGAGACCUCGGCACUGCUGAUGAUGACCUAUCUAACGAGGGUGCAAAAAUAGUGACCCAGCAAAGGUACUGUGGAAGGAAAGGACACAAUUGUAUACCACAUGGAGAGAGGAACAAACUCAUUAAAUGUUUUUUCUUCUUUUUUCUUUUUUUUGAGAACCUUCAGCUUAUGGUCUAACUUAAGGCAUCACUACUAAAAUACACUGCUUUUGCAUGCAUGUCUAGUUUUGUUCAACAGACACACUGACACGCACAAAAAUUAUGAAUGCAUAUGAAGAGAGUUCAUUUCUAGAAAGAAAUCGGGAGAAACCACAAACAGCAAAACCAAGGUGCCAGCCGGAGAAAAAGCAGGCGAGUGACAACCUUGGCUCUGAUCAUCCUGGCAGUUACCAUCACAACUGAAUCCGCCCUUACAAAGUAGAUAUACACUCAUGUCCAGUCAGAAACCUCCUCCCUGUACGUUUGAAUUGUAAUGAACCUAGCAGUGAUCCAGACCCCUACAGUGAAUCAGCUUGACAGAAGCAAAUUAGAACAAUCAGGGAGACUAUAUAUAUUUAUAUUAUAUAUAUAUAUAUAUAUAUAUAUUUGUUUCUUUUUAUAAGUAAAGACACAAAAGGCAAUCAAGAGAUGACCAACAUGUAAAAACUGUUUGUUACAGGUAAUUAUAUAAAAGGCCAAGAUGUUUUU